AUGUUUAGAAACGCUGCACCGUGGGCAUUCCUGGCCGCGGCCAUAUGCCCAGCCGUAGCACAGUUUGAUGCCUGGCAAGAUGGCCAAAUCAGCACUGAAAUAUGUAUUUGGAAACAACCAAGAGCAAUAAUGAUUCGGGAUAUGGUGUAUCUAGAUGGUGGUGAUAUCAAAUGGACUGCACAUAUGAAUGAUGGCAAAACUAUUACAGGACUUGACACAGGCAACAAUGAGGGUAUUAUCCUCAACUUCAAUCUGAGCACUCCAUUUAAUACGACGACGAAUGUGACGCAGAUUCUUCUCGACAAACCAGCCAUGUCAAAAGCACGAGGCGGCUCAGGAAACAGUAACGGCGCUGCACCCAACUUUAUCGACGGCGCUCUUCUUGGCAAUGAUGCUGAAUUCUUCCUUUACGGCGGCGAUCUGUUGCGAAACGACGACUUGUACCAGGCACCCGAUAAGGAUGAAGUCUUGGGCUACCAGGCGUACCAGUAUGGACCGGACAAGCCGACAUGGAGGCCAAGUUUUGUUGAUGACAAGCUGGACAAAGACGUCACUAGAUACGUCGCGUAUGGAGGGGCUGCAAAUGUACCGUCUGAAAGCCUCGCGUUCUAUUUCUCUGGACUGAGAUCGCCGACAUAUGGAGCUUUCUUCACGAACGAUCCCAAGAAUAAGGCCACGAAUGUUUCCGACACGCUGAUUACCUUGAACAUGGAGGAGCAGCUCUACGAAACUUGGACCAACACAACAUUGAAAGGCCCCAAGGGACGUGCCAAUGCAGAGGUCGUUUGGGUGCCUGUGGGCAAGAAAGGUAUUCUCGUUGUCCUGGGAGGUGUUGUCUAUCCUGAAUGGGCAGGACGAAGUGGAAAAUCCGCCAAUGAGGCAGAGAGUGAGAAGCAAAGCCCUGGGUUUAUGCAGACAAUCGACGUCUACGACAUAGACAGCAAGAAGUGGUACAAGCAGGAAACCAAGGACGGUCCAGGUGCACGAACUCGAGGGUGUGCCGUUGUCGCCACGGCUUCGGAUCGUUCAAGUUUCAACAUCUUCUACUAUGGUGGAUUCGACGGUAUUCAUCCUCUGGACGCUUACAGUGAUGAUGUCUGGGUGCUCUCAUUACCAUCCUUCACGUGGAUCAAGGUCAAUGAAGGAAAAUCCCUUCAUGCUCGCGCUGGACACAAGUGCUUCAUGCCAUACCCUGACCAAAUGCUUGUCUUUGGUGGUUACACGUCUCAAGCUGGAAGUUCGAUUACUUGUCUUGACCAGGGCCCAAUUGUGAACUUCAAUGUCACCAGUGGACAGUGGUUGGAUGGGUAUGAUCCCGACGAGUACAGUGAUUACGGCGUUCACGAAAAGAUUCACUCUGAAAUCGGAGGUAAUGCUAAAGGUGGCGCAACGGCGACUGCCCCUGCAGACGGCUGGUCGGCAUCUGCCCUUGAAGACAUCUUUGGCACUAAAUACGACACCAAGAAGAUCAAGGAAUACUGGCCUUACACCAAGGUAGUCUCAACAGGCCGACCUCGACUCGAUAGCGGCGACAACAAUGAUGAUGAUAACAAGAGCGGCGGCUCUGGUCUUCCAAACUGGGUUGCGCCAGUUCUUGGAGUCGUUCUUGGACUGAUGUUCGUGACUGGUAUUCUCGUUGUCUUCUGCCUCUGGCGCCGUCGUAAAAUCUUCAAGAAUAGAUCAAGCGACGACGGUACUGAAGAUCCGGGCUCGCGUAUCCGUUCAUGGAUCAGGGGCCAGCACAACGAGAAGGCCCCAACAGUCACAACAGACGAGACCCCGACAAGCCCUGGAACCGAAGUGGCCUUGACUGCGAGAUUCGUCGGGUUGUCACCGUCACCGUCUGAUACUCCCGCCUAUCCUGUCUCUCCCGCCGAGGUGGCUGAUACACAAAUUCAUGAGAUGCCUGACACCUCACGACCUCCUGAGCUCCAUGACACAGGUCUUUCACCCAUCGACAUCAUCCAAAAGUACUCCCACUUUGCCAAAGACGGCAAGCCUCGAUCCAUGUCGAAUCCUUCUAGCAACUCUUACUCUAUAGGAGGGGAACAUGCAAGCACCGUAUCGAGAUCGACAGGACCUCAAGUAUCGCAGCCUGACUCUCCCACAGCAGGCCAUAAUCGCAUGACAUCAGAUGUGUCUGGUGUAACCGAAAGCGACGGGAAACCCACUCGCGUAACAUCUGAUGUUUCUGGCGUCUCUGAGGGCGAUGCAUUAGCACUCCGGCAUACGGCCGUUCCUAUAAGUCCAAGGACCGACGAUGCAAGCUUGCCUUCGCCGCCACUUCCCUCUCCUCCUGCAGACUUAACACCCAAUUCACCCAUUGGUGAAGGCCCGGUAUCCCCUGCACCAGUGUCUCCUCCCAGUGCCAGCGAGGCUCCUGGUCGGGACUACAUCACAGCCAAGGCCUCAGCAAGCCCUAUCCGGAAGAGUAUGUUCAAGGAAAGUGAUGAGGAUAUGGGUCAUUCUAAGUAG